CCCCCCCCCUCCCGCCAGCAGCAGCCCGACCUGCCCGCUCCGUCCUCCGGCGCCACAGCGGAGCUCACCGGCACCGACCCCCGGCGGCUCCGCUCCGCCGCAUUAAGGAUCUUACCGGGGAGUAACUAGUGGAAGAACCAGGGAGGGGGAUCCUCGGUGCUCCCCGCCCCCCCCUCCCCGCUCCUCCGCUCCCCGUCAGUUAGCUGCCGUGAACCGGUGCCGUCGGUAGCUGUUAGCCCGGACUGUCAUGAUCCCAGCGCGGAGAUGGCGUCCUUCCCCGGUUUGUGUAAAGCUGUCGGGCCCGCGGAGGAGGAGAACGGAGAGGACGGGUCUCUGCAGCAGAUGCUGAAGGCCAUCGCCGACGAGAGGAACCGACUCAACAUCCGCCAGGAGAUCAGCGGACUGGGCUGUUUUAAGGAUGACCGCAUCGUGUUCUGGACCUGGAUGUUCUCCACCUACUUCAUGGAGAAGUGUGCUCCUCGCCAGGACGACAUGCUGUUCUACGUCCGCAGGAAGCUGUCGUACGUCAGCGCCGACAACACCGAGGGCAAGAAGGUGGAGGUGGAGGUCUACAGGAGGGACUCCAAGAAGCUGCCGGGCCUCGGAGACCCCGACAUCGACUGGGAGGAGAGCGUCUACCUGAACCUCAUCCUGCAGAAGCUGGACUACGUGGUGACGUGCGCCGUCUGCACGCGCUCAGACGCAGGAGACAUCCACAUCCACAAGAAGAAGUGUCAGGAAGUGUUCGCCUCUCCGUCUAAACACGCCAUGGACAGUAAAGGAGAGGAGUCCAAGAUGAGCUACCCCAACAUCUUCUUCAUGAUCGACAACUUUGAGGAGGUGUUCAGCGACAUGACGGUGGGGGAGGGGGAGAUGGUUUGUGUGGAGCUGGUGGCGAGCGACAAGAGCAACACCUUCCAGGGCGUCAUCUUCCAGGGCUCCAUCCGCUACGAGGCGCUGAAGAAGGUCUACGACAACCGGGUGAGCGUAGCUGCUAAGAUGGCUCAGCGGAUGUCGUUCGGCUUCUACAAGUACAACAACAUGGAGUUUGUGAGAAUGAAGGGUCCGCAGGGCAAAGGUCACGCCGAGAUGGCCGUCAGCAGGGUCCCGACAGGUGACACCUCCCCCUGCGGCACCGAGGAGGACCAGGUGUCCCCCAUGCACGAGAGGGUGACGUCCUUCAGCACGCCUCCGACCCCGGAGAGGAACCGUCCCUCCUUCUUCUCUCCGUCUCUGAGGCGUAAGAUGCCCCGAAACCGAAUCGCAGAGAUGAAGAAGUCUCACUCCGCCAACGACAGUGAAGAGUUCUUCAGGGAGGAGGAAGACGAAGAUCUUCACACUACCACCAACCUUCGCUCUCGUUCUCUGUCGGGGACCGGACGCUCUCUGGUCGGUUCCUGGCUCAAACUGAACCGAGCCGAUGACUACUUCCUGCUGUACUCACACCUGACCUACGUCACGCUGCCACUGCACCGCAUCACCACAGACAUCCUGGAGGUGAGGCAGAAGCCCAUCCUGAUGACAUAGCAGGGCUGGACUCCCCCCUCAGAGCAUCACUACCAAGUGCCUCCUGCAUCAGGCCACUGAGACGAACAGCAGCGCCCCCCGGUGUCCAGACAGAGACCGACAACCGAACACCGUCAGAGGAGACGACGACACACGAACACUGUCGGAGGGACGACGACACACACACAAACCAGCCAUUCAAGAAGUGCCUCCUCUUCUUCUUUUCAGUUCCUGCUGUGUCAAAAGUCGUCUCCACGGAAACGGGCCCGGCGUCAGGAUCACAUGACCUCAGUGUGAAGAGGCAUUGGCUGAACUCUGACCAGGAAGGAAGUGAAGAAUGUGUUUUUCCUGUAAAUAUCCUGCUGCUUUACUCACUGAGACGCCUUGACUAAAGGUUCUGCUUUUAACGACACGUUCAGUUUCUGUUCGACUCGUCGUGACGUUUCUUUUCUCUUUUUUUAUUAUAAUAAUCUGCCACGACGUCAGGUGAGCGGGAACCUGCGUCUGACGUAACAAGUGUUUUUGUGUGAGAGGAAACGUUCCUGAGGACGAGGUCACAUCCAUCUCUUCGUGUUUCAUAAACUUUUAAAAUCAUCACGACUCUGUUACAAGUUAUUUUCAUCAAGUAACAGAUAUUAUUUUAUUAAUUUAAUCUUUGAAAUGUCAAAACUAUUAAAAAAUGUUCAUCACAA